AACAGGAGUUGUGGAAAAGAAAAAAGUCAGCCAACAGUGUUCAAAGCGGAGACCAAUGCAGUCAGAGAGCAGCGUUCAGGUUUUCACCAGCUUUUUCCCCCUUUGUAAGUUAUUCACUUUCAAUAGUUGCUUGCAGAACUGAUAUGGGACAUACUAAACAAGUUUACAGUAAUUAAUCGGGCUAAAAUUUCUGUCUUAAACCUUGGAAGAUGAUUUUUUGGAAGACUGUUGCACUCCUGCUGCCUUUGCUGAUAUCAGCCCAGUAUCAAGGGGACAACGGAAUAGUCGUCCCGGAGCAUGGAUUUUGCCAGCCGAUUUCAAUACCUCUGUGUACGGACAUAGCCUAUAACCAAACCAUCAUGCCCAAUUUAGUGGGCCAUUACAACCAGGAGGACGCAGGGCUCGAGGUGCACCAGUUUUACCCUCUUGUAAAGGUACAGUGCUCGCCCGAGUUGAAAUUUUUCCUGUGCUCCAUGUAUGCGCCUGUGUGCACAGUUUUGGAGAAGGCCAUUCCUCCCUGCAGGUCAAUCUGCGAGAGAGCCAAGCAGGGCUGCGAGGCUCUCAUGAACAAGUUUGGCUUUCAGUGGCCGGACCGACUGCGCUGCGAGAACUUCCCAGUGCUGGGAGAUGGACAGAUCUGUGUGGGCCAAAAUGAUUCCUCUCCCGCGACCGUCACACCCAUCACGCCUGUCCGGGGCACCCAUGACUUGACCACGGCCCCCUCACAUAGGCCUUUCCGUUGCCCGCCUGUUCUCAAAGUACCAACAUAUUUGAAUUAUAAGUUUUUAGAGGAGAAGGACUGUGCAGCUCCCUGUGAGCCCUCAAGGAGCGGUGGGAACAUGUUUUUCAGUGACAAAGAGAUUCAUUUCUCCCGCAUAUGGAUUCUGGUCUGGUCUGUGCUUUGUUGUGCAUCUACAUUAUUCACAGUAACCACCUAUUUAGUUGACAUGCAGCGCUUCAGAUACCCUGAGCGACCUAUCAUCUUCCUGUCUGGCUGCUACACUAUGGUCUCCAUAGCCUACAUAGCUGGCUACUUCCUGGGAGACAAAGUGGUGUGCAAUGAAGGCUUCAGCCCAGAAGGCUAUAAAACUCUGGUCCAAGGCACCAAAAAGGAAGGUUGCACCAUCCUCUUCAUGAUGCUCUAUUUCUUCAGCAUGGCCAGCUCCAUCUGGUGGGUCAUCCUGUCUCUCACCUGGUUCCUGGCAGCAGGUAUGAAGUGGGGCCAUGAGGCUAUUGAGGCCAACUCUCAGUAUUUUCACCUGGCAGCCUGGGCAGUGCCAGCCGCCAAGACCAUCAGCAUCCUGGCCAUCGGGCAGAUCGAGGGUGAUGUGCUCAGCGGUGUCUGCUUCGUCAGUCUCAGCAGCCUGGACCCUCUACGAGGCUUUGUGUUGGCCCCUCUCUUCAUUUAUCUCUUCAUCGGUACCUCUUUCUUGCUGGCCGGCUUUGUGUCACUGUUUCGAAUCCGCACCAUCAUGAAACACGAUGGCACCAAGACAGAGAAGCUGGAGCGACUGAUGGUGCGGAUUGGGGUAUUUAGCGUGCUCUACACCGUCCCUGCUACCAUUGUUAUUGCCUGCGUCUUCUAUGAGCAGGCCUUCCGCCCCCACUGGGAGCGCAGCUGGGUCAGCCAUAACUGCAGAAGCCUGGCCAUCCCCUGCCCUAUGCAGACCGGGCCCCGCAUGACUCCAGACUUUACUGUCUACAUGAUCAAGUACCUGAUGACACUGAUAGUGGGUAUCACCUCUGGUUUCUGGAUCUGGUCUGGAAAGACUCUACACUCCUGGCAUAAGUUUUACACAAGGCUGACAAAUGGCAAACAUGGAGAGACCACUGUGUAGAAUAAAGGGGCAUCCAAAUGUUGCUGGGACUAAUUUGUGUAUUGUUACCUGUUGCUCAUGUGAUAGGUAGGUAGCACAGUGAGUUGCUCUAGGUCUUACAGCAUUUUGUCCGCCUCAGCUUUAUAGCCACACAUGCAUGCCAAACUGAGGGUCAGGGUUUGACAAAAGGGCAAGCUGGAUAAACAAGGACUGAGUCUGACUGUCUGAACAAAUAACAAGCAUGACUAUGGAUGCCAUGUGCUGAAAUGCUCUCCCUCCCCCUCUCUUAAAGCCACCAUGAGCUCAAGGCGAGUGAUAAUCCAGCAGCCAAGAGCAUAGAGAACAGGGGAAAGAAUGCGGUGGAAGAAUGGCAGUUUAUUCUCUCUGUUAACAUGUCAAAUGUAAUUAAAUGAAAUUGUAAAUAGUAUUUGUAAAAACCCGAAAUUAUAUAUUUGUAUUUAUAGAAAGUAAAUACUUUUCCUUAUCUGCCAGUGUACCUGCUUUACUUUUGCACUGUAAGAAUGCCACAUGUCGGAAAUCUAGACAUGCUCCUUUUUUAUUAUGAUUAUUAAUUACUGGUUAUGAAUAACAUUGUUUUUUAUGCAUUAAAAGAACAUUUCAGUCAGUUGGAUGGUAUCCAAGAAGCUUUUUCAGUUUACCCCACUGUACUGUCACUCAUUUCUGCACAUAUAAUCAAAAUUAUGAUCAAAUUACUUUAAAUCUUAUGCUUGAUUUUAGUUCAAAAGGGAGAACUGAAUUGUUUUUCUUUACUUUUUCCCUUGCUAAUGUUCAGUAUUCUUCAGUAAUUAAAUAAUGUUGUGAUAAGAAGUUA